AUGUCCGAACAGCACACUCAUAUUCCAAUCGUAUGCUUACGCUCGGCACUGAAGCAGUCGUCCCAGCCGAACUCACCCUGUUUGCUUCCAUCACCCUCCACGCCGUCGUCGCCACUAUUGACCCCCCUUCCUUCUUCGUUCCUCACCCCUCCAACAUCGACAUCGCGACUGCCACCCCUCUUGUCCUCUUCAACAUCGCUCUCGCGGUCCCCGUCAGUAAACAUGCAGCAUAACACGGCUCAAUCUGUUGCCGGACAAGGUUACACGCCAAAAGUGUCGUUCGACACAUUCGAAAAUCCCGCUGCUUCCAUGUUCUCAUUUACACUGCACGUGCAAUCAGAUGGAUACGCUAGAAACAGAGCGACCAGGGUAUUUCUUUGUGCGUCGAGUCCAGAUGAAAGCGGACCUUGGUGCAAGACUGGGGAUGAGUUGAUCGUCUUCAGAGGUGUCGAUCCAGAAGAUUUGGAGAAGGAUCAUGAAGUCAUUCAGGAGAAAUGUAUCGAGUACGAUCCAGAGCGGAAGCUCUCCAUCAUCGUCGAGCUUAUUGCUGGCAAAGUCACUACAACGCUCGAGCGGUUAAUUGCUUUGUACCGCCCAGACUCAAUCGUAGUGGGCACUAGAGGCCAGCGCGGCAUGAUGCAAGCCUGGGGUGCGGCGUUCGGCGCGCCAGGUGUGGGCAGUGUGUCCAAGUAUUGCCUCUCCAAUUCCCCCGUACCCAUCAUCGUCGUUCGUCCGGAGAGAAAGGUCAGGAAAGUACUUGCUAAGAGACGAGCCGAUCCAAAGAGAGGCACCCAUUUUGACGAGCUUACGAGGGCGAAGACACAGAAUAUACAGAGUAUUCCUAUGUCUCCCUCUGACACCCGAGCGUGA